AGCAUCCCUGAAAAAACAGAAGACGCUCUAGGGUUUUUGACUGCUAUAUAUGUUGUGAUAGCGGAACUAGUCUACAGUUUUCCGCCACUGCGAGCGAAGCUAGGGUUUUGGGAUUCUUCUCAAUUUCUUCUGCGCAAAUCGGAAUCAUGGGGCACUCCAAUGUGUGGAACUCUCAUCCCAAGAACUAUGGACCUGGUUCUCGCGCCUGCCGUGUGUGUGGGAACCCUCAUGGAUUGAUCAGGAAGUACGGCCUUAUGUGCUGCAGGCAGUGCUUCCGUAGCAAUGCCAAGGAAAUUGGCUUCAUUAAGUAUCGCUGAAGGACUAGUGUCCACCUGCCCCUCCCGGGUUUAGAUUCUGGCAUUAGGCGGUUGAUGACGUGGGGAUGAUUUUCUUCGUCGAAGAACUUGAGAAUAUUUGUGGCAUUUAGCUAAGUUAAUUAUCAGACCUGUCUUGUGGAACUAAGAAUAUUUGUUUUUUAUAUAAUUGGUUUGAGCGAUCUACAUCUUUCUCUGUGAUCCAUUUAUGAUUAUGCAAAUCUUUUAUAAAUUGAAU